UGGGAUCCCUAGGCUCCUAGGGCUCGUUUUCGUUAUCCACUACUAGUAGCUUAGACGCCAAAGAAACCCAUACCCAAAAAUCCAUUUCAUUAUCCAUCCCUGUGUUCUACUCGAGAUUAGAUGCUAGCAUUAGCUCCCUUGUUUGUCAAGAUCUGCUUCUUGUUUUGAAGGCGAGAUCCACGGAGAACCCCAUAUCCAAACCAAACCCGCCUACACUUACAGUCUACACCACCCAAUGGCGCCCUUUAUGACUGUCGAGCGGGCCCAUCGCUCGUACGGCCCCGUCGACAAAGAAGCGCUCGCCGGGCGGCUGUCCAAGUCGGAGCGGGGGAUGCUGCGCAUGGGCCUCGUCAAGUCGGAGCAGUGGCGGCAGCUGCCGACCGAAGGGCUGUACCAGGUCGUCAUCUCCGAGGUGCUCGACGACGGGGCCACCUACCCGCUGGAGCGCGGCGGCGGGAGGGCCUUCGCCGUCACCUGCGUGCUGGAUCUAGGGCUGCGGAUGCUUGAGAGUGCUCGUGGGCGGAGCGCUCUCGAGAGCCUGGCGGGCAAGGCAAUCCGUGUUUGGCGAGAGAGGCCCCUGGGCCCGAUCCGCGAGCCGGCAAGCGUGGAUGUGCCCGCGGCAGUGGACGAGUUUCUCCGCUGCGUGCGGCACCGGUUCCCUGCUGUCAAGCUCGACGACCGGAACGGGUUCUGCCACGAGGAGGAGAACAAGAAGAUGCCCUAUUCCUGGGUCGACGAGCUGUCUACGCUGGAGCAGUCCAAAUUCAACCCCAAGGCGGCUGCGGUGCUGCACCUGAACUGGCAGCUGAUGGAAAAGCUCUAUUGGACCAGGCUCAAGGCAGAUGUUGCCCGCCGCCAGCGCCGAGACGACGAGCACCAGGCCGAGACGGUGCGCUUCCACCGGCUGCAGUUUCACCUCGGAGCCAUGGUCACGCACCACCUCUGCCACCUCUUCGUCAACUUCCUCCGCCAGUUCGAGGACCUCGCGUACGAAGUCACCGACGCCGACUUCAUGCGUCUUGUCAGGCGGUACGACCCGGGCGCCGAGUUCGAGAUAGACUUCUUCGGCGGCCGACCCAAGCUGUUCGUCGACUACCGCGGCCCGCGCCAGGAGAGCUACGCCGGCCAGAGCUACGUGAUCAAGCGGGGCCGGAACGGAAUGAGGAUGGCGGCUGCGGUGGCGCAGUACAAGAUUGAGAGCUAUCUCAGGGGCGACUUCUCCGUGCCGCUCCUGACCGAGGUCGAGGGAGACGUCUUCCCCAUGGAGCGUUACCAGGACGUCAAAAGGCGGCAUGGCAGUUCUGGGCAGGAGUCUCAGUGGAGAGAAGGCCAGACUGGCAGCCGGCGCGUUGCAGAGGUUGGCUCAGCUGACCAACAGCCGCUCAGCGUACCGUGGGACAUCAAGGGGGUGGAGUACCAGCUGGUAAAAAGGGCAUGCUUCGAUCCAGCCAUUAGAAUUGUUGACUUUAAGGGCUUUUGAUCUUUAGACGGGGGUAUUGUGAUGAACUGAAUUACACGUGUAGCUGGCCAUUUCCAAGGCCUA